CUCGUGGACGCAACCUCAACCACACACAACGAAGUACCGGUAGAGUGGAUUCGCAACUGAACCUCACUUUUGCCUAACAAAUCUGUCAAAAUGCAGAUGCUAACAAAGUUUGAGUCCAAGUCCUCUCGGGCCAAGGGCAUCGCAUUUCAUCCGACUCAGCCAUGGCUUUUGACCUCUCUGCACAAUGGUACAAUCCAACUGUGGGACUACAGAAUGGGAACGCUUUUGGAGCGGUUCGACGGACAUGACGGACCUGUCCGUGGAAUUGCUUUCCAUCCCACUCAACCUCUUUUCGUAUCUGGUGGUGACGACUAUAAAGUUAAUGUUUGGAAUUACAAGACGAAGAAGCUUCUCUUCUCGCUAUGUGGUCACAUGGACUAUGUCCGUGUUUGUACAUUUCACCACGAGUACCCUUGGAUUCUGUCGUGUUCUGAUGACCAGACAAUUCGUAUCUGGAACUGGCAGUCUCGUAACUGUAUCGCUAUUUUGACGGGUCACUCGCAUUAUGUUAUGUGUGCAGCCUUCCACCCUAAGGAGGACCUUAUUGUGAGUGCCAGUUUAGAUCAAACUGUCCGUGUUUGGGACAUUAGCGGUCUGAGAAAGAAGCAUGCUACUCCUAUCAGUUUAUCACUGGAAGACCAGCUCACCCAGUCUCACAGCUCCAUCUCCAACGACCUGUUUGGCAGCACGGAUGCAGUUGUUAAGUUUGUGCUUGAAGGACACGACCGUGGUGUCAACUGGUGCGCUUUUCACCCUACCUUGCCUUUAAUUAUUUCUGCCGGCGAUGACCGUCUUGUGAAGCUUUGGCGGAUGACUGCCUCAAAAGCCUGGCAAGUGGACACGUGCCGCGGCCAUUACAACAACGUUUCUUGCUGUAUCUUCCACCCCUACCAAGAUUUAAUCCUUUCGGUGAGCGAAGAUAAAACGCUUCGUGUGUGGGACUUGAAUAGACGUGUGGCCGUGAAGACGUUCCGCCGCGAGAAUGACCGUUUCUGGUUCAUCACUUGCCAUCCCAAGCUUAAUCUCUUUGCUACGGGCCAUGAUAGCGGUGUCAUGGUUUUCAAGCUUGAGCGCGAGCGUCCGGCUUAUGCACUUAACAUCAACACUCUCUUUUAUGUUAACAAGGAAAAGUCCAUUGUUUCUUAUGAUUUAAUGCGCGGCACAUCGAAUGCCCUCGAUUCCGUCAAGGAGUUGGGCAGUUCCUGGAUUCCUCCCCGUACCCUCUCUUACAAUCCCGCUGAAAAGCUUGCUCUCGUUACGUCUACCGCCGAUGAAGGUACUUACGAGCUUGUCGGUCUCUCUAAUCGAAACAAAUCCGACACCAACAUCCGCGAUAAGGGUGACAAUGCAAUUUUUGUCGCUCGGAACCGGUUUGUUGUGUUUAAAAAGGAGGAGAGUGUUCUUGAAUUGAAAGAUCUUUCGAACAAAACGACAAAGGUGCUUCAAGUCGACAGUAUCAAGCCCAAUGACAUUUGCUAUGCUGGUGUCGGCAACAUUUUACUGUUUUCUGAGAAUCAUGUCUGCUUGUAUGACCUCCAACGUGCCAAGAUUACCAAUUCCCUCAAAUUUCGCAAGGUCAAGUAUGCUGCGUGGUCUCACGACAACUCUCAGAUUGCCUUGCUCUCAAAGCAUUACAUUAAAAUUGUGACGAAGGAUCUGAAGGAGGUUACUACGAUUCAUGAGACAAUUCGCAUCAAAAGUGCCAUCUGGCAAGACAACAAUAUUUUGCUGUAUACCACUUUAGACCACCUCAAAUUCGCUCUCCUUUCAGGCGAUACUGGUAUCAUCCAAACUUUAGAGUCAACAGUUUACUUGACUAAGGUGAAGGGCUCAACUGUGUACGCACUUACUCGUAGUGCUGAACCCAUUACGCUUGAGAUUGAUCCUACAGAGUAUUUGUUUAAGCUUGCUUUGUUGAAGAAAGACUACGAAAAGGUUUUGCAGCUUUUCCAGACCUCUGAUCUCAUCGGUCAGUCUAUCAUUUCCUACCUUCAAAAGAAGGGCUACCCCGAAAUUGCUUUGCAAUUCGUUGAAGACCCUUCCACUCGUUUUGAGCUUGCACUCGAGUGUGGAAAUAUGAGCGUUGCUCUUGAUCUUGCUCGAACCAUUGACCGUCCGGAGGUGUGGAGCCGUUUAGCCUCGGAAAGUUUGAACUAUGGAAAUCACAGAAUUGCAGAGGUUGCCUAUCAGAAGUUGCGUAAUUUUGAGCGUCUUUCCUUUUUGUACCUCACUACAGGCAACCAAGACAAGCUUCAAAAAAUGGCAGCCAUCGCAGAGAAGCGUGGUGAUUAUUUGAGCACAUUCCACAAUUCUCUGUAUACUAACGAUGCCGAGCAACGUGUUCGACUGCUCGUACAAUGCAACAUGAAGCCUCUUGCUUAUCUUACUGCUAAAUCUAAUGGUUUGGAGGAGAUCGCUAACGAAAUUCUUGCCGAAACUGAUAUGACUGAAGACAAAAUUAAGAUGCCCACUCUGGGCGCACGUUUCACUACACCAACCGUUGUUAAAUCCACGUUUGAGGAGAACUGGCCUUUGAAAAGUAGCUCAGAGGCCACUUUUGAAAGGCUUCUGCAAGAGAAAAUGGAGCAACUCAUCAUCCAAGAACCCAUGGACAUGGUCACUGCUGGAGAGUCAGAGGAUGAGUUUCAAGACACAGAACAAGCUCUUUCCGAUGACGAAGAGGCUGAAGCACUUGAGCAGGAUGAGGAACAAGCUGAGGAUGGUUGGGAAGUCGAAGACAUUCCUUUGGAUGAAGAGCUUGUUGCCAUCACUGCUGAUGACGCUUCUGCUGUCAAUCUUGAGGAGGUGGAUUUGUGGAAACGCAACUCCCCUCUGGCAGCUGAUCAUAUUGCUGCUGGUGAUUUUGAGGGUGCAAUGAAGGCUUUGAACCAACAAGUUGGUGCCGUCAAUUUUGCACCAUUAAAGGACCGCUUUUUGGAAAUCUUCCAAGCGGCUCGUGUGUAUGCUCCUAUGUUUGACACUUUGGAACCCCUCACUGUUUAUCUGAGACGAAACAAGGAAAGUGAGUUUGAUCGUUUGAAGACGCUGCCAUUCAUUGCUCGCAAUUACUCCUCUUGUGAGGCUAAUGAGCUCAGCGAUGCUUACCGUCUGUUUAAGGAGAACAAAAUUACUGAAGCUCGUGAGCUGUUUAUUAAGCUUAUUCACAUUUUGAUCUUGACUGUUGCUGAGGACAAGGAAGAGGCUGAGAACCUUUCAACCCUUAUCGACGAGUGCCGCAGUUAUGUCGUCGCUUUGUCUUGUGAAUUGGCUCGUCGUGAGAUGAAGGAUGAGGACGCAAAACGUGCUCUGGAACUUAGCGUUCUGUUUGCCGCUGCCAAUAUGCAGCCCGUGCAUUCAACCAUUGCACUCAGAUUAGCCAUUAACUUGGCUCACAAGCAGAAAAAUUUCAAGACUGCCGCGUUCUUGGGCAAGAGACUUCUGGAAAUCACAUCGUCUGAGUCCGCAAAACAAGCUGCCAAUCGUGCUAUUUUGCUCGGUGAUAGAAACCCACAUGAUGAAGUUGAGCUUGAUAUCGACUUCAACUCGGAAAUAUAUGCUUGCGCUGCUAGCUUGUCUAUUUUGUAUCCUUCUUCCUCGCAAGUGACCUGCCCCCUUUGCGGAGCUGCUUACCUUCCCAAAUAUGCAGGACAAUUGUGUUGUGUGUGCAAGGUCUCUAAUGUUGGUGCAACUGCUCGGGGACGUCGUUUCUUCUAAUUCAAGUUAUGUCGCCAUAUGAACUCAUCCUGGUCUUUAUUCUCCGUUAGAGGUCGAAAUACGAUUUACCCUACGUAGACGUACACUCUUGCUGAGUGCUCUUGUUUACAACCCUCAAAAACAUUUUCAUGAAGUUUCAUGUACAAUUCGUCGCUUGUUGACCUUUGAUUUCCGGUACAGAAGAACUUAAUAAUAAUUGAAUCACUGAUUGCAACUAUACUAAAGAGAGACUUAUUUAUACAGAAUGUAGUCAAAAGUGGUAAAC